AUGGCAACUCAGCUAGAAAUCUUCGUGAGAGCGCUUUCUCGCCUACUUGGCUGGAUAUACACGUUCUGUUGGUCUGCGUCCUUCUAUCCCCAGCCGAUCAACAACUUCCGGCGACGUUCGACAACGGGGCUGGCAAUCGACUUUCCUACCAUCAACGUGCUAGGCUUCGUGUGCUAUACCAUAUAUACGUCCGCUUUUCUUUACUCUCCCGUGAUUCGUCACCAGUAUGCUGCUCGUCAUCCACAUGCUGAGGACCCGACCGUGCGCUUCAACGACUUUGCCUUUGCUCUACAUGCCGUCGUUCUUAGCUUUAUCACCUAUACACAGUUCUGGCCGUUUAUCUGGGGAUUCAAGGUCUCUCGCCAUCAGAAAGUGAGCAAGCCGGUAGCAGGCCUUUUCUGGGGCUCUAUAGUCGGCGUCACAAUCGUUAUUUUCAUCGUUCUCGGCCAGAGCCCAAAUAACGGCUUUGAUCCAUACUCCUGGGCAUGGAUCGAUGUCAUAUAUGCCCUUUCUUACGUGAAAUUGGUCAUCACCAUCGUGAAGUACGUACCGCAAGCGUGGGUCAACUAUAAGCGUAAAUCCACAUACGGCUGGAGUAUAGGACAGAUCUUAUUUGAUCUGUCUGGAGGUGUCUUAUCCCUUGCCCAGUUGCUGCUGGAUUCUAGCUUCCAGGAUGAUUGGAGUGGAGUCACUGGAAACCCCAUCAAAUUUCUCUUGUCGAACGUUACCAUCUUUUUCGAUCUGAUCUUUGUGGUGCAGCACUAUAUUCUCUACAGAGAUGCAGAGGACGAUAGUGGUAAGACCCAGAAUCCGAGUGACCGGACUCCUUUGUUAUCUGAGUCCAACGGCCUGCCCGGGCGCAGUUAG